CAAUCUGACCAAUUGGUAUUCAACAAGAUGAAAAACUCACCUAUACUCCAUCCUCAUCAUCUUUUCAUCUUCAUUUUCCUCUGUUCUUUAACAUUAAUCAAAGUCUCCGGAAACUCAACUUUGGAACAGUUAUUUAAACUCAGUAACUCCAAAGCAAAUCUCUCUAUAACAACAAGCAAAGAAUUUUCUCCCAAGAGACCAAACUGCAGCACCAAACAUGUCGUUACAGCCGUUGCUGUUGCUUCAUUAUCGUCUUUAACCAUCCUAAUUCUUCUGGGCUGCACUAUUUUCUUCAGAAGGCGCAGAACUAUUCAAUCAGAUGAAGAGCAAAAAGUUUUAUAUUGUCGUCGUUUCACUCUCAAUGAAAUAAGAACCGCCACGAACAACUUCGAUACGGACCUUAAAAUCGGCGACGGCGGGUUCGGAAGAGUUUACAAGGGCUUCAUCGACGGCAAAGAAAGCCCCGUCGCCGUCAAAGUCUUGAAGUCAACGUCUAGGCAAGGGUUCCGCGAGUUCUGGACUGAAGUCGAAACGCUUUCGAAGCUCCGAAACCCUAAUCUCAUCCCUCUGAUCGGCUACUGCAACGAUCAACGGUUCAUGAUCAUCGUCUAUGAUUAUAUGGCGCACGGAACGGUCUGUGAUCAUCUGUACGGUACGAAUAAUCCGCCUCUGACGUGGAAGCAGAGAUUAGAGAUCUGCAUUGGAGCUGCUCGUGGAUUGGUUUACCUUCAUGCAGGCGCGGAGCAUGGGAUGAUAAUCCACCGCGAUGUGAAGACGAGCAACAUUCUGUUGGACGAGAAUUGGGUCGCCAAGGUGUCGGACUUUGGGCUUUCGAGAUUGGGCCCGGCGAGCCCAUCGAGAAGCCACGUCAGCACGGAUGUGAAGGGCACUUUUGGGUACUUGGAUCCGGAAUACUUCUGGACCAAGCAGCUCACCUCCAAGUCUGAUGUUUAUGGGUUUGGAGUGGUGAUGUUCGAGGUGUUGUGUGGUAGGCCCGCCGUGGAUAUGGGCCUGGAGGAGGAGCAACAGAGUUUGGUCCAAUGGGCUCGGUUUAAUGUGAAGAAAGGGACGCUUGAUCAGAUCAUAGAUGAGAAUCUGAGGGGUCAGAUUGCGCCAGAGAGUUUGAAGGUGUAUGGAAAAGUAGCGGAUCGGUGCUCGAGAAGUGAUAGAAAGCGACGGCCCAAGAUGGAUGAUGUGUUGAAGGCCCUUGAGUUUAUACUGAGGUUGCAGGAAGGUGCUGAUGCAGCCGCGGAGGAGGGGAUAGAAAUUGGUGUGGAAAAUAAGAGUGAUGAGAACAUUUCAUGUUGGAGAGGUGGAGAUCAAGUGCUUUUGAGAUCACAGUACAAAAAUGUCGUGUUGCAUUCUUGUCCAACGAUAUUAUGGCCAAAAAGUAAUUCUCAAAGAAUGCUUUUGAGAUUCUUUAGCGAUAAGGUGGGGCUAAAAUGGGCAACCCAAUCUACGUCCCGAGCUCUUAGAGCUUUAUGUUUCACGUGUUCGUGUACACUAAAGAACCGUGAUGGUGAGGGUCUAAAUUAAAAUGAAAAUUAUCCACGGCCAUAAUGUUCCCUCAUUUCUAUGAAUGUAUAAAAUAUUCUUACCAAUGAAAAAUUUACUCAUCUUUCUUUCUUUU